UGUGAAUGUGAUCGAACGAAUCGAACGCAUCGAAUCCGUGGUGGAAAGUAGAUACACAACCACAAUUGUUUCUUUUUCUAUCUACUAUCUCUAUGUUGCGAUUGUCAAUGUAAACUUUUCCACGUUUUCUUCACUUACGAAAUUUCCGAUUCACUGGAAACACAAAUUCGGUCAUAAAUAUAAAUAGAUAAUGGAACUAUAAAUUCAGUUGUAAAUGUAAAUGGUGACUAAAGUGUUAAUGAUCGAUCAACGAUCGAUCUAUCAAAUGAUUCUGACACGAUCUAUUCACAGUGAACAACGAAGAACCGUGACAAGAUCAAUUAUUAUUUCUCUCUACCUUAUCAUCUCGACUUAGUGAGUCAUAAUGUGGUAAUGACAUUUGUGUCACACGCGGCAUACACUCUACAUUUCACCUGCUAAACGCUUUCUCAAGGUCCCCGUAUUUAUAUGUAUGCAUCUUGAGACAACUUCAUUUAAUGCGCCUACACAUCAUCGAUGGUUGUACAUUUUUUCAUUUAGUUUCUUAGAGAAUAUCUCGUUCACUAGAUUCAAUUCGAUCGCAUCACAGCUUUAUUUACACUGGACUGGACCAUUUUCAUUCGCCUUAUCCCUCUCCCAACGAUACACGAUGCUAUCGUCUCAUUAAUGAAAUAGAAGAAUUUAGAGCUGUGUUUAACAUUCAAGGUUAAUUAAGAUAUUGGACAAAAUCAGAAUAUUGUUAAAAUGAUGGACAUUGAUCCACCACAGUUUGUGUCUAAAGAUGAUGAAGUUCAAUAUUGGAUGGAACUUGCUCACCAGAUACAUAGAAGGAAAGAGGAUAUAGAAAGAGAGUUGGAGGAAUUUCAAGAAAAUUCACAGCUCUUAGAGAAAGAACUGGAAGCAUCCUUAGAACAAGCAGAAAAGAAUAACAGGGAAUUACGACAACGAAACACAAGACUAGCCACUGAAGUUGAACAAUUAAGAACAAGAUUAGAUCAACAAACAGCAGACUGUGCAAUGUUUCAAGGGAAAGCUCAGGACUUACAGACUCAACAUGACCAUUUAUUAAAAUACAUAAGGGAAUUAGAACAAAAAAAUGACGACUUGGAAAGAGCUCAUAGAAUAAAUAGGGUAACAGAGGAGGAGAUAGAAGCCAAACUUAAUUCUGCCAUUGAAAAGAAUGCUUUGUUAGAAUCAGAACUUGACGAAAAGGAAGCUCUGAAAGUUAUAGUACAGAGAUUAAUGGAUGAAAUUAGAGAUUUAAAACAGGAAAUUCAAGUUCAAGAAAGGCAUCAACCAGACAAUGAUAAGUCAGCUGAUAGAGUUCGUAAUCAUGUUGAUAGUAAUAAACUUCAAGUCGAAUUGGAAACACAUAUGUCGCCUAGUAGCCCAAUAGUACCACAAUCUAUACCUCCAAAUAAUACAGCAACUUCGCCAUUAAAAAUUGGAAACAGAGUUGUAGGUGGUGUAACUGGAAACAACAAUAAUAAUAAUAAUAAUAAUAAUAAUGUGAAUUCGCCACUGGCACCAUGCACAAGAAUAUUAGCAAUGAAUAUGAUUGGUGACCUUAUGAGAAAAGUUGGUGCGUUGGAGAAUAAGUUAAAUACAUGUCAAAAUCCAUCUCGAGAGGAUCAAGCCGUUCGUGAUCUUUACAGGACUAGACGGCAAGUUCGAGGUUUUGCCUCUGGCAACAGCAACCACAUUCGAUUAUAAACAACGGAUAAUAUUCCAAUAAUAAAUUUAUGCAUUAUAUUCGUAUGACUACUAAUUCGUGUUAUUUUAAUUAAAAAAAAUCUCACUCAUUAAUUUAUUACAAAUUUCUAUAAGAUACAAAGAAAACUAUUUAAUUUAAUUAUUUAAUUGCCUUUUACAUGAAGUUUGCAAUUUUUGAGGAUUACUUGUCUCUUUUUCAUCACGGUUCAGAAGUAUACUUGGUAAUAUUUUAUGGAGGAAAUUCGUAAAUAAACAUUCGAGAUUGUAAGUAUUAAUAUCAUAAUUUAAUAAAAUUCAUCAUUGUGAUAAGUGAUAA